UUAACCAAUAAUAUCGACAUACAAAAACCUUAAAAUGAAGCAUUUAAUGUGAUUAAAACGGCUUUUCACCUUGGACUUUCACAAUGAUCAAAGAAACUUGCAUCAUUUACCCAACUAGUAGGCACACAUGCCCAUCUCCACCAUUAGCCAUACCACUUCAUGGUUUAGAUCUUUUGGGUCCACCGAUGGACAUUCACAAUCAUCGGUUUUACCACUCGCCGGGAUGCUCUUUCACUGUUAUUGCCAAUAAACUAAAAACCUCUCUUUCAGAGGCACUUGAACUGUAUCCACCAGUUGCAGGAACUGUGAAGGCGAAAGAAAAUGGCGAAGUUUUUAUCAGCACUGAAGCUAUAGGCACACCAUUCACGACAGAAGUAAUAGAUUCCCCAUAUGUUUGUGAUUUCGAAGGGCUUUCACCACGUAACACACUGCCGAUUCCUUUAUUAUCGCCCUCUUUAGCAGUAAAAGUAACCAAGUUUUCCUGCGGUGUUAUAGUGGUGGCGUCUUCCAUCAAUCAUCAGAUUACUGAUCUUUGUGGCUAUCUCGAUUUUCUAAAACUCUGGUCAAAACUUGCACGAGGGGAAGCUGCUGAUUUCACAAAGAUCCCUACAAGUUGGUUUCAUAAUCCUGGCCGAUUUUUUUCUGAGGCAGGCAAUUAUACAUCUGGUAAUUCACCACCGCCAUUUGAAGUUCUUUCUGCUCCCCUCACUGGUCCACCAGCCCUCUUAUUGGCAACGUCAACUUUUACUCGAUGGAAGAUUACCAAGAGCUCAUUACAGCGAUUAAAGCGAGACUUAUCACCCUCUGCUCCUGAAAAAUGGAUCUCAUCAGGCGAUGCUCUUGUUGCCAUCAUAUCUGGUGCCAUUACAAGAGCUCGUGAAAGCAAAAAAGUGAAAAGACUGGAAGGAAGAUCGCCAGAAGAGUCUCAAAUUGAAGUAAUCUCCAUGGCAGCGGAUGGCCGUGAAAGAGCUCCUGAAGGAAAUAUGGCGGAAGGACAAUACUUUGGUAAUUUCAACGUACUUUUAAGCGGUGAAGUAUGUCGAUCCGACCUGUUAUCUUCAAAAAACGAGGCCGCUUCUCGUGUGGCCCUUGCUAUCCGAAAUACGUUGAAUACCGAACUUUCUCCAGAAGCUGUUAAGUCUAAGAUUUCAUUUUUUGAGGAUCCCAAAAACAUUGAACCUCCGGGUCGCAUUUCUUGGACAGCAGAUGUGAUCUUUACCAACUGGUGCAAAUUUGAUAUGAAAAGUAAAGAUUAUGAUUUAGGCUGGGGUAAACCCUUUUUGGCAACCGAUGGAGCUGGUAGUGUCUUUCCUCCGGGAUACUGCCUGCUAACACAGGAUUAUGACACAAACGAUAUUUUUAUGUUGAUAACAGUCGAGGAACAAGCCGCGGAUGAACUAAUUAGAGACCUGAUGCUCAAUAUGUAUGCUGAGCGCGAGCCUAACCAAAGUUAUAAGGUUUAAUUAUGCUUGCAAGUUCUCCACAAAGAAAUAAAAUAAAUUAAUACCAGAUGAAUCCACUAAAGCAUCUAAACUAAAGCAAUCAAUUUUAACGAGCUCAUAUUAACUCUACAAUUACCUAGGCUAAGUGUGCGAAAUGCACUAUAAAUUAAUUACAAUCCACUAAUCAGUUUAGGAAAUGAUGCUAGUUUUAAUUUUUUUAUCUUUGUCAUUUUGGUCAAGACUAAUUGUUCACAAUGAAUAAACAAAAUUUGUGGAAGGGAUGUCUUUUUGUUUGGCGUUAAAAAAUAUACUUUUAUUUAAAAAUUGAGAUAUGUAUACAGUCCUUCACUCUCACUUCACCGAUACUUUGCA